AUGGCCGCUUCUGGUGAUUUUUUCGACGGGGGGAAGCAGCAGUUCCUAAGUGUUGCAGAUGGUAAUGGUAACGGGAACGCACCAGUCAAGUAUCCAAGCUUCAAGGCGCCUAAGCCUAGCUUCAAUGAUGGUGGCAAACAUGGCGCCAUAGAUGUUUUUCCUCUUCUUGUCAAGGAGGCUGCAUUUCCUUCGAAAGAAGACCGUGGCAUCGAUACUUCUUCAUUGGUCCAAGACGUGUGUACUAUCUCAGUCCUACCUGAUGAAGGAAAUACAAUUCCGCAAUGUACCUCGCAGUUUACUCUCUUGAGCUUCGUCAAGGCUCUGCUUCCAUCUAAAAACCAGAUGUUGAUCGAUGCACAGCUGAAUUGUCAGAAAACGCAGAACCGCAUCAAUGUGCUACUAGGAGGCACAGAUUCCUACCAAUCAUGCCUUGUGGACAUAAAUGUCGAGAAAGGGAAUGGUGGUGAGACGGUGACAUCCCAUGACGAAGUUGUGGGAAGUGUGAAAUCUGAGAGUGUACAUAUGCAGAAGGUAUUGCAAAGACAAGCAAGCUUGAGCACUGAUAAAGGGAUAUCCGAGAGAUGCCACGAUGCACCAACGAACAGGUGGAGAAGAUACAAGCGUGCUGCUUCAUUCGAUUCAAGAAAAAUCGUCAUCCUAUUCUCGAUCUUAUCAAGUGUGGGAACAUUGAUAUUGAUCUACUUGACACUGAGAGUGAGGCAAAACGGAGACAACAGCUUCAAUCAUAUGUAG